CUGUCCCAUUGGGUGCCUGGGUACAUUGGCUUGUCUUACGUACAUGCAACAGUAACAGCAACAAUCACAACGCAGAAAAUGCCAGGCUCGCAAACCGGCACCGGCACCGGCACCAGCACCGGCACCAAGCAGCUCACCGAGGCGGACAGGAUCCGCAUCCGCGCCCUCGCCUUUGAUGCUGGCUACACCCGCAGCCAGAUCCGUGACCGGACCGGCGCCUCGGUCGCGCAGGUGAAACUGGCGCUCAAGUGCCAGACGCCCGUGCCACGAUCCGGAAGACCCCCCAAGGACCCAUCCAACCCCAAGAGACGGAAAAGAGGACCAAGAUCAGUCCCGACACCGGCCCUCAAGCCCGCUCGCUUCGAAAGAGGACCACCAGGUCUUUCGGCGGCAGAGUCCAUGGCAGAGUGGGCGGCGGCGGCAGAGGCGGCUAGGUCCGGCGAGGCCGCGGAGGAGGCGGCCACGCCAGAAGGAUUCCAACUACUUGUCCUCAACCCCAACUCGUCCACGGGCAUGACCGAGGGUGUCAAGAAGGCUAUCGAAUUGAGCGUCACCCCCAACGGCAACACAAUCUCCUACUACACAGCCCCCGAGCCCAGCCCGGCCAGCAUCAACGACGGAUUCGGGCUGGCCCGCAGCACCGAGGUCGUCCUCGCGGACCUGCAAGCCAAGGCGGCCGCGCGGGACGCCGAAGACGCCGAGGCCGACGGGGACGCGGGCACUAACAGCAGCGGCAGCGGCAACCACGACGAGCUCGACGGCUACGACGGCGUCCUGGUGGCCUGCUUUAGCGUGCACCCGCUCGUGGCGCACCUGGCGGAACGGCACCGCGGGCGGCGCGUGGUGCUCGGCAUCCUCGAGGCCAGCGUGCUCGCGGCCCUGGCCCUGACCAACCCCUACCCGCGCUGCCCCGAGUCCCCCGGCCGCACCUGGGGCAUCGUGACGACGGGCGCCUUCUGGGAAGCCCACCUCGAGGACGGCGUCCGCCGCUUCCUCGACGCCUCGUACUCGGCUAGCUUCUCGUCGUCGGCCGCCGGGGGGCCGAACGCGGCAAAGUUCGCCGGCGUCUACACCACGGGCCUGGACGCUGGCGACUUCCACGGCGGCGUGGGGCCCGAGGUGGUGCGCGCCAAGCUCAAGGACGCGACGAAGCGCCUGCUCGCCUUUGGCCGCGUCGGCUGCGUCGUCAUGGGCUGCGCGGGCAUGGCCGGCCUCGAGGACGUGAUCCGGAGCGCCAUCGCAGAGGAGUACGGCGAGCCGCAGACGCCGCAGGAGAAGGUGUACAUCAUUGACGGCGUCAAGGCGGGCGUGGGGCUGCUUGCAGAGACCAUCAGGAACGAGCGCAUGUUUGGCCAGUAGCAGCGCUGUUUGCUUGGAGAGCACGAGGUGGCAAAUUUGGCCCAUUUCUUUCUAUUCCUGUUCCUGUUCGAUACCACCAAUACUUCAAAUUUCUACCCAUCGCUACAACUUGGGACUGCGUGA